CGGUGUGCGCGCGCGCGCGAGCGGAGCGCGCCCCCGCGCCGCCCCUCCGGCCGGGCCCUGUGUGUGGAGGCUGCUGCCGGGCCGGGCGGCCGAAGCGCGCGGCGUCGGAGGCCGCCCCUCUGCGGAACGCCGGGUGCAGCGGGAGAGGGGAGGCUGGAGAGGACUAGGCGCCCAGGCCCGAAGCGCGCCGGCUCCCGCUGGGGUUGGCUGCGGACAUGUGCAGGAUGUCCUUCAAGAAGGAAACUCCGCUUGCCAAUGCCGCAUUCUGGGCAGCCAGGAGAGGAAACCUGGCGCUGCUGAAGCUGUUGUUGAACAGCGGCCGGGUGGACGUGGACUGCAGAGACAGCCACGGCACCACACUCCUGAUGGUUGCUGCCUAUGCUGGCCACAUAGACUGUGUGAGGGAGCUGGUUCUGCAAGGAGCAGACAUCAAUCUCCAGAGAGAGUCAGGUACAACUGCCCUAUUCUUUGCCGCCCAGCAAGGCCAUAAUGAUGUCGUGAGAUUUCUCUUUGGAUUUGGAGCAUCCACUGAAUUUAGGACCAAAGAUGGAGGCACCGCCCUGUUGGCUGCCAGUCAGUACGGGCAUAUGCAGGUGGUGGAGACUUUGCUGAAGCAUGGAGCAAACAUCCAUGACCAACUUUAUGAUGGAGCCACUGCCCUCUUCCUAGCUGCCCAAGGUGGUUACUUGGAUGUUAUUCGAUUACUGCUGGCUUCAGGAGCAAAAGUCAACCAGCCAAGGCAGGACGGGACAGCGCCCCUGUGGAUCGCGUCCCAGAUGGGCCACAGCGAGGUGGUGCGGGUGAUGCUGCUGCGCGGAGCCGACCGUGACGCUGCGCGGAACGAUGGCACAACAGCAUUAUUGAAAGCAGCCAACAAAGGGUAUAAUGAUGUCAUAAAGGAGUUGCUUAAAUUCUCACCCACUCUUGGUAUUUUGAAGAAUGGGACAUCAGCGCUCCAUGCGGCAGUGCUCAGCGGAAACAUUAAAACAGUUGCGCUGCUCCUAGAAGCAGGGGCAGACCCAUCCCUGAGAAACAAGGCCAACAAACUUCCAGCAGAACUAACCAAAAAUGAACGUAUAUUGCGUCUCCUGAGAAGUAAAGAAGGUCCCAGAAAGAGCUAACUUAGUUCCAUAUUUGACAGAGAAAGUUUAACCACAUUGUCCAAAAAGAAAUUGCAUUUCAGUGUUGGAAAUUCUUUUAUGAAAAAAAAUAUACACCCAGAAUGCCCACCCUGUGGGUCCCUGACAAAGAAGAGCUAUGCUCUGUGCACCAAGUUAAGAACCAAACAGCUCAGGGACCCUCUUUCCCCCUCACCAUGGGCUUCUAACAGUGUCCUGUAACUCAGCUCCCAGGGGCCUGGCAUGUUCACAAAUUCCACAGAAACUCAUUUUCAAUGAUGCUAACUUGGGCCUCUCAGUUAACUCUAAGAUGGAUCAGGUUCUCAGCGCUAAGCAAAAAGAGACCACUCUGUUCCUUUUAAAGACUGAAAAGCUGACCUUCAAUGGAUUGAUUCACUUUUGCUUUUGUGUUAAAUGUAUGUGUGCUAAAAUAUACAGAUCUAUCCUAUUUUACCUACAUAUGUAUGUCAUUCCAGUACAAAAUGUUCUCUUCUACCCAGGGAUCAUAGCCAUGAUUGUUAUAAAUCAAUGAGGUAUAAACAUACACUAUUAAAAAACCACUUCUGACAUUCCAUUGUGUGCUAUUCAAAGACAGACAAUUGAGCUAUAGAAAAGACAGAUUGUGCAUUUGUUCAUUGUUCCUCAUCUUAUUCCUGACAUGUAAAAAUGAUUUUUACUUAGAGUCAACAUUGUAGGUAGGUUAGGAUACCCAGUGGCAAAUUUGGAAAUUCAGAAAAGUAUAAACUAUAAGAAAUCUAUAGGCUUGUCUCUUUGGUCUUUGGUCUCUGUUGCUGGGAAUCUGUUUCCCAUGCCAUAAGUAAGUAUACCUAACACUCUGGAAUCUUGAGUUUCCAACACCAUGCUGCUUGAUGUAGUGACUCUGAGGUCCUUGGAUACAAUGCGAUAUAUAUGCAAGUACAGUAUGUUGCUAUCACCAUUGCAGGUGUAUAAAUAAUAAAAGACUGUUAUUAACACUUAGUAAGUCUUCAUCUAUGCAUGUUCUUAAGUUGAUUGAUUCCAAGAACAAAAUCUGAGUUUUACUGAAUUAUUCCUUUGAAGGGAAUCAAAACUUAUAUUCAAUGCACUUUAUAAUUAAUGGUGUCUAAAUGCCUCAAUCAGUGCCUGACUGCACACACAAAAAUUGAACCUUCUUUCUGUAAUCUACCAAAAUAAACACAAUGGUAUUUCUGCUAUUUAAACACAUGCUUCGUUUCUGUGUUCAUGUUCUACUCUGGUUUUCAGUCACGUUCUAUGUAAAGACAUGUUAAGAUAGAGGAAAAGGAUGUCAUCCCAAAAGAAUUUUUGUUUGACCAACUUUCAGUGUCACUAAAAGGAUUAUCUUUAAUUCAGAAAUAAUGGAAUAUUAUCUUUGAAAUUAGAAGAUAGUCUCUUACAAUUUGUUACAAUUAAUGAAUGCAACAAAAAUCAGCACAUUUUGAUAAAUGCCACAAGCAAAUAGCAACCCACAGCCCCCAGAAGUGCCUACAGCCUGAUCAGCUAUGCAAUAAGCCUGCAACCUGAUUCUAGGAUAAAAUAUUAGAAAGCUCUCUGUUGCUAAAACACCCAGAUAUAAACAUUUUGGUGGCUAAAAAAGCAGUGCCAAUUUCCUAAUUGGCAUUCUUUUAUUCAGCAAAUUUGUACAAAUAUACAUUUUCUCCUGUGGGAGUUUCAAAAAGCUCUAUUCAUUUUGAAGGGGAAAAUAAUAUGGACUUGAAUGCUUUACAUUUUCCCCUUAGUUAAUCCUUGUGGCAAAAACAGUAGCUAAUCACUGAUACAAAGCAAAACAUUAUGGAUACUGAUAACAAAGUUCCAAAAGACAAAAUGAGAUGAAUCACAAACUUUGUUUUUCACUAAAAUAUGUCAUUGGCCUAUUAUUGCAAGAGUUUUAAGUGGAUAAUGUUCUUGAACAAUAUUAGAGCCAUAAAAUUGAACCCAAUAGCUUUAACAGUAUGGAGGCCUUCUUAUUGUAGGUAAGAGGGGUCUAGCUUAAAGGGAUCACAUUUGAUCUAGAUGAGAUUAUCCAUAGCAGGGAAGAUUAUUAAUCACCUACCAAAGACUGCAGUAUGGAAAGGUCUGUUAUUUUAAAAAUUGUAUUUUAGUUUGCACACAUGUAAAUGGUUAUUUUGUGUUAAUCUAAUUGACAAUUCAGUUAGCUCCGCAUCCUAUGUAAAUUGUCUGCUUAAUUGAACUACAAACAUUUUUCAUUAAUUGAUUUCUUUGAUGACAUAUUCCAUGUUAUAUAAAUAAUUCAAAAUAAAGUUAAUAGACUACCCCA